GUCUACGCGAUAUAGUCAGCAAGCGUUUAACAGGGUUGUUUUGUUACAUUACUGAGGAGACACACAAAAGAGCUUUUUUUGGCUUUCAUUUUGAUCAACAGAGUAUUAUUUUGGGGUUUGUUUUUUUCCUCUGGAUUUUAAAAUCCUGAUCGAAACUUAUUUUUGCUUUUGACAGUCUUGAGUGUGUUGCGCGUGUUAUUUCUCCUUAACGUUUCAUCCCACGAAUUGAAGGAUGGCGGUUGCUAACUUCCAGUAUAUCACUCGAAUGAACAGUGGAUUUAAGGUCUACAUCCUGGAAGGCCAGCCUAGUUUAAGAACUGAUGACCGUUACAGGCAGUUGUCCAGUUACAGGACAGGAGUUCCACCAGUCUACCCAAUUAAGCGCAAAUAUUGCACUGAAAACAAUCAUUCCACUGAUGAAAGGCCCUUGAAACUCCGCAAAUCUUCACUGGCUCUAAUUACUAGAGAGAGAGCAUUGUUUGGUGAUGCCACAAGAAGUUUUCAGAAAGAGCCUGUCCAUGUUGCUCCAGAUCGUAAUGUUCCUCCUGUCACUGCAGCAGUGCGCUCAACAAGUCCCAUCCACAGACUACCAAGCCCAGUCUAUGCAAGUCCUCCCAUGGAUGAACCUUUGGCUUUGAUCAAGAAGCCAGGCUAUUGCUCACCAAGUGAAGGUGCCACAGCAAAUGGAAGCUCACCGAGCAGCACUGUGAGAAUGCAGCAGAUGCGGCCUUCUGUGAUAACCUGUGUUUCAUCCUCUCAGCGUGCAAGCAGUAAAUCACCUGAUCUUCCUUCAAGCUGCUGCUCUGCUGCUUCUCUUGUACCUCCUUCUUGUGAUCCAGUGGUUGAAGAACAUUUCCGUAGGAGCCUGGGAAAUUGUUACAGAGAAGCAGAUGCCAGCUUACAGCACGUGAGCGUCUCUGUAGAUGAUCACUUUGCCAAGGCUCUUGGGGACAAAUGGCAUCAAAUCAAGGGAUCUCCUUCACCAGGCAGUCCAGGGUCUGGUGCCUCACCUGUAAGAGGUCCUAGUCCUCACAGCCCUACAGGAUCCUCCCACAGCCAGCAAUCGCCAGCUUCACCGUAACUGUGGCAAGCAAUCUGUAAGCUGCAACAGAAGAGACGUUUUUGCGAAGCUGAUGGGGAGAUUCUCUAGCUCAAAAGCACAAAAGACUGGUGUCUCACACCAUUUGAGUGUGCCUUUCUCCUCCAGUCAUCAAGUACAGUUGCCAUUCAGAAGUGGAUGAGAUUGUACAUUCUUUCGGCUGGACCAGUUUGUGGAAACUGGAGAGGAGUUUAUGGAAGGACACAAGAUUACAUGUGUUAAUUGCAGCACUGAACACACAUCUCAGUAUCGAUACUGACAGAGCUUGGGCUGCCACCAUAGUAAUUGACCAAUAAUUGGGGUUUCUGGUCAUUAUCUAGUACUAAAACUAAACUUGACAGCAUUUAACUUGUACAGCAAGGUGAACAAAACAGAACAGGUUUAGAAAGCUGAAAUCCAUUAUAGCAGUUGUAAUUUAAAACUGUGAUAACAGUGGACAUUUCACCAUAUGUAACAAGUGUCUUAGAAUAAGACAUCUUUAAAUAGGCAAGUGCUGCUACGUUGGCUUAACUUUUCUAUUUCUGCUGAAACAGCCAUUCCAAGAGUCCAUAUGACUUUUAUACACAAAUGUGGUUUAUAUCUGCAAACGUUAAACAGAUUCAAAGUAGUAUGACAUUGAAAAAUACUUUGGGGGGGGCGGUAAUGUUAUGGUUGAGCCUUCAUUCUUUUUUUUUUUGAAAAAUGUUAAUUGCCUUUCACAUAGAAAAUGUAGCAUGUCUGUGUGUUGAAUUCAAUCGGCAAAAUGUCCUUCCAUCAGUUUCUUAACCACUUAUUUAGGUCAGGCUUGUAUGGAGUUGGUGCCUGUAAUUGUGUAUAUACUGUAUGUAUAUUGUGUUUUCCCUGAAAGAUUAAGCAUUUUCUAAUGUCAUUUGUCUUGAAUCAUUGUUUAAUUCUGGAGCUGGACCUUUUUUUUAGUGUUUUUUUUUUUUUUUUAAGAAUUCUUUCUUCCUGGGACUUCUACUGUGUAGUCUGUCUUUGACUUGUAUUUCUGUGGAAACUUGAGGCUCUAAGAGCUUUGUUUUAUUUUUGGUUGUCAAGUAAUGUUUGUGUUUUUGUAUUAUAUUUAUUAUGUGGGGGGCUAUCUGCACAUGAGGUGGUAUGAUGGAAAUUAAUUUUAAUAAAUAUUUUAUACUUUU